AUCCAAACGAUUAUGUGAUCGCAUGUAAAACUUUGUGCGAACAGUACUUGGAAGUGAAUUGCAUGUGCAGUGUAAUAUAUCUUGAUACACCUGCAUGCCUUUAAAGUAUCCAAUCGAAUCGCUUAAUAUACAUAUAUAUCUCGUUCAAAAAGUGAUAGUCACGAUGCGUCGAAUGCGUAAACACUUGAAGAAAUAGUCGUGGGAUUUCCUCUAUUGUACAAUACAACUCUACUGCCACGGGAAGAGCCGUAUACGUAUAUAGUAAGAUGAGCGCUUUCGUUGACAGCAUCCAAGACGAGAAAACGCCGAGUGUCGUAGGUCAUGCGAGAUUAAAUGCGAGUACCUCGCUCAGCGAUAUAGGAGAGGACGUGAGAGGUAGCAAAUUUAACAAAUCGACUCAGAGCGAUAUCUCGUGGAGGCUCCCUUGCGCUGGAGAUAAUAGACAGAGAUCUAGACCGAUGUCCCUAGCAUAUUUGCCGACCAAGAUUCCGAAACAGAUGAGCGAAUUGAGCUUCUCCACGAAUAGCUCCAGAAGCACGUUAUAUCCUGUUCAGAGCGAGUUGGUUUUAUCAUCGAGAAAUAGGCACAAUAACAAUAGAUACGUGUCUCUGGACAUGAGAUCAAUGAAUAAUCUUCCGUAUCCUAGUCCGCACUCCAACAUUUUAGGCAAUAGUACACCGGUGUACACGUGUUGCUGUACAUGUGCAGGAUCGCAGAUCUCGUCGCCGCCGCCGCCGCCGCCGCCGGCAUCGUUCUCACAAAAUGAAAAUGACGAUCAGGAUGGGCCCGAGAACCUUUCGUGGAGGAGACUUCACAUGAGCAGAGCGAAGCUAAAAGCAACUGCAACUACAUCUGAACUUCUUAGUGGAUUCGCAAUGGUGGCAAUGGUGGAACUACAAAUAAAUGAACCGACGGCGGUUCCGGAAUGGCUGUUUGUAAUGUUUGCCGUUUGUACCACUUUCUUGGUAUCGGUGCACAUCUUUGCACUGAUGAUCAGCACGUAUCUUUUACCCAAUAUCGAAGCCAUAAGUAAGCUUCAAGUUUCACGACUCAUAACGGAGUCACCCCACGAAAGGAUGCGCGGUUUCAUCGAAUUGGCUUGGGCAUUUUCCACGAUACUCGGACUGUUUCUCUUUCUAGUAGAGGUGGCUAUUCUCUGCUGGGUCAAGUUCUGGGACUAUUCCUUUACAGCUGCCACUGCCAGCACCAUAAUAGUCAUCCCCGUGCUCAUAGUAUUCGUCGCUUUCGCUGUCCAUUUUUAUCACUCUUUGGUAGUUUACAAAUGUGAAAGUGUGGUAUCAGAUAUGAAGGAUUUAGAGAGCAUAAAAAGGAAUUUGGACAACGUGACGAUAGGGCAAACUAAUGUAUAAGUUCGAGACAAUAAUACAACCUGUAAUAUAUUAUGUGUACAAAUGAUUAUCCUAAAUGAAAAAGAAUGCAUUAAAGUUAGGCUGAUAGAUAAGAAUAUCGAAUAAUGCUUCUAUUGGAGUAUAAAUUAAUUUGUGACAGGCAGGAAUACUCAGGUUUAAAAUAGGUGCUAUUAUUCAAUUAAAAUAUAUCUUUAAUGAGAAUGACAUAAAAAAAAGAACACUAUGUGUGGAUUUGUUAUCAAUAACUUUACUUUUCAAACGCGACCAUAUGAAAAUGGCCAAGUUUUAUUAUAUAUAAAAAUGUACAUAGCUGUACACAUGCAAGUCGAGAAUUGCAACAGUACAAGCGAGUGCUCUUUAGUAUAUUACCUAUAUAAUAUCCAGCAUUUAAUAAUAUCUGUGUAUACGGUUUAA